CAGUCGCACUCAGGACAAUAACGCAGCUGGGGAUGCUGCAGGGCCACCAGCCGCUCGCCACCUCUCCCACAGCCUGCUGCCCGUGAGCGGAGAGACAGCGAGGGGGGGACUCGCCCGGGGCUGGCGUUUGCCUUUCCCUCCAGAGCUUCGCCUGGAUCCGUGCAGGGCUGCGAGCCAGAGGGUGAGGCAGCCAGGGGAUUGCAGAGGCUGGGAAAAUGGAGAUCACGGAGGCCGGCGCCGUUCAGCAAGAGAGGCUGCAGGCCAUAGCGGAGAAGAGGAAACGUCAGAUCGAGAUCGAAAAUAAAAGGCGGCAGCUCGAAGACGACAGGCGCCAGUUACAGCACCUAAAGUCCAAGGCUCUGAGGGAGAGGUGGCUGCUGGAAGGAGCCCCGUCGUCCGCCACUGAGGAAGACGAGGCCAUGAAGAAGCAGAUGCAGGAAGACGAAGUGAAGACCAAGGAGCUGGAAGAAACCAUCCAGAGGUUGGAGAAGGAGCUGGAGAUUCUGGAGAACGGGGACUCGGCGCCUCCCACCAAGGAGAAGCUGGGGAAGGAGGUCGCGGUGACAGCAAAGGAGGAGAAAGCAGCAAACACACAGAAGACUCCGCUGGGCACAACUAAAGCGGAGCAGAAGAUCUCCAACAGCCCCAUGAAGUCGGUGGAGGGCACUGACAUGAUGAAGGCAGCCAUGUACUCAGUGGAGAUCACAGUGGAGAAGGACAGAGUAACUGGCGAGACCAAAGUCCUAUCCAGCACCACCCUGCUCCCCAAGAAUCAUUGCCUGCAGGGGGUCAAGGUGUACGAGGAUGAGAUGAAAGUGGUGCACGCGGUCCACAUGGAGGAUGGCGCCAUUGAGAACGGGGUGCACCCUCUCAGCUCCUCUGAGGUGGAUGAGCUGAUCCACAAGGCAGAUGAGGCGAACCUGAGUGAGGCCUGCCGGAGGGACUCCAAGGCCAAGGAGCGCGAAGAGGCCAAGAAGGGGGGUCCCGGGAGCAACUUGCCCAGCCAGAAUACCACGCCCCGGAAGGAGAUCACUGGGGUGCAAGCCAAGCCAGUGGACAGCCCAAGAAUCCUGCCCUCUGGUGAAGGGGCAGAGCCUAGCAAAGAUCAACCGGUCACCAUGAUCUUCAUGGGCUACCAGAACGUGGAGGACGAGAACGAGACCAAAAAAGUGCUGGGCCUGGGGGGCACCAUCAAGGCCGAGCUGGUGGUGAUCGAAGAUGCCGACAACAAGCCAGCAGCGGCUGGAGCGGCAGACUGCACGGGCAAGGACCACGCCCCACCCAACGGCAGCACCGUGGAGCCCGUGGCCGCCCUGCCGCAGAAGGAAGACAGCCAGGUCGGGGAGAAGCCAGGGGCCAACGACACGGAUCCCAAGGGGGCCGAUCAGGACCUAGACAUGAAGAAACACCGUUGCAAAUGCUGCACGGUGAUGUGAAACGUGGGCCGGCUCCUUUUGACCUCCCCUCAUUGUACAGCCAAAAAGGACUGCCCCCCAUCUUCUGUUACCCUGUCCCUCAUAGUUCGCUAGGUUCCACAAACUCCAAGUGACACAGUAUUUUAUUUACUUACCAGACACAACUUCGUUUUUCUUAAGAGACUGGGGAAACAAAUGCAGUGUUUGUAAAGUGUAUAAUAGGCAGCACCAUCUCCCGGCCGCGGCAUCGCUCGUCUGACGUCCGCUUCCAUGCAAUACGCCACCGGCGCUGAAUAUUAUAUUUAUUAUACACGCUUAGUUUUUUUCCCCUGCCUUUGUCUCUCCCCCCCUGCUCCCCUGUGCCAUGGUGGGGUUUCUCAGAGCUCCUCAGCCCACCGGGGAUGGCCAUCAAGGAACUCUCCCGCCUGUAGGACUCCCGUUUUUUUAAUUGUACUGAUGGCUUUCCCCCUCGUUAAAUGACACCCUCCUCUGUUAUCCGAAGGAUGCUGGAGCUGAUCUCACUGAUGGGGGGGGCUCAGGAGAGGGUCAUAGGACUAAGACGCCUCCUUAGAUGGUUCUUCAAGAACUGGCUGUUGUUAGGACUUUCUUUCCGGCCUUCUGGAAGGGGAAGGAGGGAGGCCACCUACGUCCCAGCAACGGGCCACGGUUUAGAAACACCUGUAUCAUCUUGAUAAGGCCACAGCCCAGCCGACAGAGCCCAUCUGUCCAGCGGCAGCUUAACUAUCCCCCUCACCCCGGGUUUGUUCCGACGACAGGUCUGGGGACACCCGACAAGUCACAGACACAGCGCCCCAAACCACAGCUCCACAAGAAGUUUGAAGCAGAGGUUUCGGCCGGCACGUGAGCUGCUGGGCCGAACUUAAAUUUGGCCUGACCUUGCUGCUUAGAGUUUUUAAGCACUGACCCGAGCCUUCAAACCAGCCACAAGAGGGACUGUUUCUGCCGCAAAAGGAAAAGGACACUCCCCGGAGUCCGUGUGUGACGUUCCAACACAGCUUGGCCAAGGUCCGUGGGGGUGGGCUGUGAGAUGGACCUGUUGUUUCAACACCUAAAGUUGAUAAUUCCUGUGGUGCCAGGGGCAACGCGCAGCUCCAGAAAAAUGCAGCGGUGUAAAAAAUAAACAGAUUCCUGCUGGAUUUCCAGGCAGCAGAAUCGGUCAUUCUGGAGUCACUCCUUCUCUGAAGGAACUUCUAUGUCCAGCACUCACAGUGGUGACCACAAGCCUUAAGGUACUUUAUUGACCCCGCUGGUUUGAAUGCCGGAACCGGGGCCUAUCAGCACCCACACCCCUGUGAUGUCAUGUCCUCUGCUGUUUUCUACAGAAGAGCGGCUCCUUCAUUUCUUAGCUGGCUUUUCUCUGUUGGAAUGACAAGGCCGUGAGGGAGCGAGGUGGUUGGAAGGACAUUGACUGCGUCUCCCCUUGCAUGAACUUUUCCCUUGUAGACGCCGUACCGGUAAGGAUAUCAGCCACUGAGCUGUUGACCGAGAUGCUCCCAGUCCUGGACGGUGGGUGAAAUUGGAAGAGGUUGGCCCAAGUCUCGGCCAGCGGGAGAAGGGACUGCUCGUCGGCAGUUCUGGAGUGUUGUUCUGAACAUGUUCGUGGUCAUUAAAUUGUGGAGCCCUGGUUAGCCACA